UUUUUGGUCACGCCCCUCUCACGUUGUGUUCGCUUCCCUAAGCGUUACAUAUAAAACGUGUGAGUUACAAAAGAAAAAAAAGUAUGAAAGCACCUUUAUAUUUAAAAGCUGUUUAUUAUAGUACAGUAUAAUAUAUUUCUGUAUUUAUCUCUGCAUUGUAGUUCCAGGGACCUGGCAGUGUGUAUGAUGUGCAGGAGCAACAGAUUUCUCUUUGCCAAACAUUGAUCAAAAUCAGUGUCAAGAAUAUUGACGUAUCCGAGCACCCCAUUUUAAGAUUACAUUGAUUAUUCGUAUGCCAAUUAAACUGAAUGAGGAGUAAAAGAGGAGUAACGCUCUGUACACAACGUAGUGUACGUCUCUGAGGCUCUUAAUCAGUAUGUUGUCAUUUUGAGGCAGGCGAUACCUCAGAAUGUAAUGGUUUCUGCACUCUUUAUUAUUUGUUCUAAAAUAAUAUGGAAUAUGCUGUGUUACCUUUCAGCAUGCCACUUGUUUUUUCGUUGUAUUUUUUGUUUUGUUGCGCUGUGAUAUAACAGACGUUGUGGUGUCAAGUAUUGUGAAGUUAUUCAAUGUGAAGUGACACUUAUGAAAGACACGAGUAAAAUUAAUAACCGUCUACGUUUGUAAUCACUUUUACUGAAGUUUCACACCACAUAUAACGAACAUUCUGCUCAGGAAGAAAUGGAUGAUCUAGACAAAAGCAGCAGGUACAGAAUUAUUGGCACCCCACAAGAGAAUGGGGACAAAGUAGUUUUAGGAUUGUCUCUCAAAAACAAAAUCGUCCUGGGGGAAAAAAAAAGAUUUCUAAAAAUAAAUAUUUCAAACGUCUAGAAACACUUUUUGAUGUAUAUGAGUUUGUACAUGUAUUAAAUCCUGCUUUUUGAAGAAAACCAAAGUGCUUUCAAUACAUAGCAAGAGGAGGCUCAGUGCUCAGGUAUUCUGUCCAUUAUUCACCAAAUAUUAAUCGUGGAGGUUCAAAAGGAAUUAAAUAUUAAUUCCUUUUAGCUGAAUAUCACACUACGUAAGGAAAACUUUUUGUUUGGAAAAAUAAUUGAUAUCACUCAUUACACCUGAAAAUCACAGCCAUAUGUGCUUGGUGAAGAUUACAGUCCAGAUUAAGCUCACUAAUUGCUGUUGUAAUAAGCUCCACUCUUCUGGGAAGACUUUCCGCUAGAUUUUGGAGUGUGGCUGUGGGGAUUCGUGUUCAUUCAACCACAAGAGCAUUAGUGAGAUCAAGUGGGGUGCAGUCAGUUAGUGUUCCAGUUCAUACGAAAGGUGUUCAGUGGGGUUGAGGUCAGGGCUCUGUGCAGGACACUCGAGGUCUUCCACUCCAACCUUAACAAACCAGGUGUUCAUGGAGCUCGUGUUGUGCACAGCGGCAUUGUCAUGCUGGAACAGGUUUGGGCCUCUUAAUUCCAGUGAAGGGAAAUGGUAAAUCUACAGCAUACAAAGACAUUCUAUACAAUCGUGUGCUUUCAACUUUGUGGCAACAGUUUGGGGAAGAACCACGUAUGGGUGUGAUGGUCAGGUGUCCACAAACACUUUGCUAUAUAGUGUAUUCAUGAAACGAUAAUUCUGGAUUUGACUUUCUUUCAAAGCACUCAAGUUAAAUCUAAAUUUGUUUAAAACUGGGUGUAAGACAACACUUUAAAACUAAAAAUGGUUUAAAAAAAUACGGUUCAUUGGUUCUGCAAAACACGGUUUCAACCGUUAAUAUUAGGAGAAGAAUACAUAUACAAGCAUAUUCAUUUUUCAAGGAUGAUAAUUUGUUUAAAUUCAUUUUAAAUACUUUUUAGGAUAGUCAAUAAUGUCUGUGUCUUCCGGAGAAAAUGCUAUAAUUUAAAAAAUAUAUAUUUUUAAGUAGAAAGGGUCAUGUUCUUACUGGAAAAAAAAAAACCCAAUAGAAGAAUCACAGAAAUUCUAAUGGUUUUCACUACCAUUACAAACCAUUUCCAUUACCAUAACUGAUCCUUUAUGGUAUCUACUAGACAUAACAUACCAUCAAUAGAAGGCAACAAAUGACUAGUAGAGACCCACAGGGACCAUUACAGUUUCCAUUAAAAACCAUUACAAAUUUUGUGAGGAUCUGAGAUCAUUCUGUUAGAGCAAUGCUAUUACGAAAAUAUUAAACAUCAAAAACAAACAAUGUAAUCAUUAUUAAUUAAUUAUAAUAAAGUUAUUUUUAAAAUAUAUAUAUCGGGGUUAUGUGCGAACACAUCGGGCACUAAAGGGUUAAACAUUAAUUCUGUUUCUGCGCUCGUGACGAAAACGUGACCAAACCGGUGUCUAAAAUGGCCGCUUAUUGGUUACCCAAUACUUUUCCGUGAGCCUAUCAAAGGGCCCCUGGUGUCUUUUUAGCUGCCUGUGAAGAAAUAUACCCGCAAUAGAGAAAAAUAUUAAUUUGUCUCUUGUAUUUUACCCGCUGUAGGACAGAGUUAGUCAUCUGUAACAGCUGUUUUGUAUGAUAUGAUUAAAACAUUUUAUAGCUGUAAUGUUGUGCGGUGUUUUUGUGUAUGUUUGUGUAAUUUGAUCAGGCAGCACGGGACAGACCCGCUACUGUUGUUUACUCUAGUCAGCUGCUUUUAUCUCCUUUCAGUUUCCUCGCAGUUUGGAGGAAACUUUUUAAGCUGCGGCUGUAAAAUGAGUCGGAUAUUGCGGUCGAUGUGUGCAGACUGCUGUAAAUCAGGAUGGGAGAGCUGGAGAAGAGGAUACAGCGGGUUUAACUCUUAUUCAGCCGCAGUGUUAAAGUUCAGGAAUUUUUCAUUGCAUCGAGUGAAAUUAAGAUUAGGAUCGAAAGAGUUGUCUCUCUCACAAGCAAGUGUCUUCUCCAGCAAACUACCAAAAGGAUUUGAGAAGUACUUUCCAAAGAGAUCAGCAGCAGAACCCAGAGAGAAAUCCAGCGAAGGGGAAUCCCAGAGAAGCAGAGGUGGAGCAGGAACAGGUGGUGGUGACAAGAAGGAAGAUGGCAGUUGGUGGUCUCGCAUCCUACGAAGAGACGUCCCGUGGGAUGAGAAGCAUUUCUGGAACGUCGUCUUCGCAGGAGCUGGGAUGCUGGCGACUUUUCUUUAUUUAUACUUCAGAGAUGAUGGAAAAGAGAUAUCAUGGAGGGAGUUUGUGAAUUACUACCUCGCUCGAGGCCUGGUCGCGAGGCUGGAAGUGGUUAAUAAACAGUACGUCAGAGUGAUCCCUGCUCCCGACAUCAACACAUCAGAAGUGAGUUAUGUUUGGUUUAACAUCGGUACCGUGGAAACAUUUGAGAGGAAUUUGGAGCAAGCAGAACAAGAGCUGGGUUUGGAGGAUCCACACAAGCUGCCGGUGCUGUACAGCACCGAGAGAGAUUUGACGUUCCUCGCGAUUUUAUUCCCGUUCGUCGCGCUGCUCGGUUUGCUCGCGUUCAGCUCGAGGCAGUGGAGGCCCGGAGGAUGGCAGCGCAGGAGAGGAAACAAUAUCUUCAGGAUGACCGAGUCCAAAGCGAAGAUGAUCAGAGGCAGCAUUAAUGUCAGGCUGAAGGACGUUGCUGGUUGUGAAGAGGCCAAGCUGGAGAUUUUGGAGUUGGUCAACUUCCUGAAGAAGCCCAAGCUGUACCAGGAACUCGGUGCCAAAAUCCCAAAGGGCGCAGUGUUAUUAGGUCCACCCGGCACAGGAAAGACCCUGCUGGCCAAAGCGACUGCUGGUGAAGCUGGAGUUCCCUUCAUAACAGUCAACGGCUCAGAGUUUCAGGAGAUGUUCGUCGGUGUAGGAGCAGCCCGGGUAAGGGAUACGUUUGCGCUGGCUAGAAGACACGCCCCCUGUAUCCUCUUUAUUGAUGAGAUCGAUGCAAUGGGCAGGAAGAGGGGCCAGCGGCAUUUCGGUGGGCAGAGUGAGCAGGAGAACACACUUAACCAGCUGCUGGUGGAAAUGGAUGGCUUUAACAGCAGCACUAACGUCGUGGUUCUGGCUGCCACGAACCGCGUCGAUGUUCUAGAUCCGGCACUUUUGAGACCUGGACGAUUCGACAGGCAUAUUUACAUAGGACCGCCUGAUAUUAAAGGCAGGGCUUCGAUCUUUAAAGUGCAUAUGAGGCCACUGAAGCUGGAUUCCAGUUUGACCUCAGAUAAUCUGGCGAGAAAACUGGCUGCUCUCACACCUGGCUUCACAGGGGCCGAUAUUGCGAACGUGUGUAAUGAAGCGGCUCUCAUCGCGGCACGGCACCUCAGCCCGGCUGUGACCUCCAGACACUUUGAGCAGGCCGUAGAGAGGGUGAUCGGAGGUCUGGAAAAGAAGACGAGGGUUCUGCAGCCUGCUGAGAAAACCACCGUAGCUUACCACGAGGCCGGCCACGCUGUCGUAGGCUGGUUCCUGGAGCACGCUGACCCUCUCCUGAAGUUGUCCAUCGUUCCUCGAGGUAAAGGCCUGGGCUACGCGCAGUACCAGCCGAAAGAGCAGUACCUGUUCACGCGCGAGCAGCUCUUUGACAGGAUGUGUGUGAUGCUCGGAGGGCGCGUGGCGGAGCAGGUGUUUUUCGGCAGGAUCACCACAGGCGCUCAGGACGAUCUGAGAAAAGUCACGCAGUCUGCGUAUGCUCAGAUCGUGCAGUUUGGGAUGAGCGAGUCAGUGGGUCAGGUGGCGUUUGAUUGGACGCAGCAGGGCGAGCUAGUGUCGGAGAAGCCUUAUAGCGAAGCCACUGCUGAGCUCAUAGAUCAGGAAGUGCGUUCUCUCAUCAGCAAGGCCUUCGAGAGAACACAGCAGCUCAUCACCGAGAAACGAGAGCUGGUGGAGAAGGUGGGGAAGCGUCUCCUGCAGAACGAAGUCCUGGACAAAGCGGACAUGGUGGAACUGUUGGGCCCGAGGCCGUUUGUAGAGAAAUGCACCUAUGAGGAGUUUGUGGAGGGGACUGGCAGCAUCGACGAGGACACGAGUCUGCCCGAGGGCCUGAAGGACUGGGACAAGGAGAGCGACACGUCUCGGCAGCACAAAGAGUUUAUAUACUUGUAGCACGUACCAUGGACGGAGCUCCGUGGAGCCGGAAAUGACUAAAACGUUAAACUAGAGCGUCUGAGUAGUCGCAGGAUCCCAGCUGAGAGCAGCACGUCAUUCCAAAGUCAUUUUUAAGGCUUUUGCUUGGAGUUUCUACAUUAGGGACAACGCCAGAAAGUGUCCCUGACUGAGACAAGGACCUGAGAAGGCGAUCCAAGCUGAAACGUCAAGGCAUUAACGAAGACACAGGGAUCAGGAUCCUGUCAGACCCUGCACGGUGUAUCUUUACCUCCAUGUGGUCAGAGGUGAAGAUCUCAAAACAAGGACGAUAGCACAUGACUCGUCUGACCGCUGUUUAAAAACAAAAAACACGGAGCUAACUUCCAAUGAGUUCUGAUUUUACAAGUACAACCCCGAUUCCAAAAAAGUUGGGACACUGUGUAAAAAGUGCAUAGAUGUAAAUAAAAACAGAAUGCAAUGACUUGCAAAUCUCAUAAACCUCUGCCUCGCUAAGACGCUCUUUUUCUACCCGAUCAUAUUAGUGACCUGUUUCCAGUUAACCUCCAGCUGUUUCUUUUCACUAACACUUACUUUUCCAGCCUUUUGUUGCCCCGUCCCAACUUUUUUGAGAAGUGUUGUGGCCAUCGAAUUCAAAAUUUGCUCAUCCGUUCCCCUUAAAACGGUACAUUUCCUCAAUUCAAACAUUCGAUUUGUUUUCUCCGUUCUAUUGUGAAUAACACACGGGUUUUAUGAGAUUUGCGAAUCGUUGCGUUCGGUUUUUAUUUACAUUUUACGCAGCGUCCCGACUUUUUUGGAACUGGGGUUGUAUUUAUUCGUGUGUAAUGUAGAUAAACUGCAACAGUGGACUAAUGAUCAAUUCAUUAGCUAGUCAAAUCUGCCAUGUUUUGGUUGCCCAGAUACAUAAUUACUAAGUAGUUAAGUACAUUACUAACUAAAGUAAUGUAAUAACAUGCAGUAUCAUUGGCUAGUUAUUUAGUUAAGUGAUUAUUAUUUCCCAGAUUAAGGGAAAUAAACAUGUUUAUGAUUUAUUUACUUCCAACAGUUUCUAAUGUAGCGCAUGGCGUUUGUGACCUCGACAGAAAGUCAUGGGACACAGUUUUGCCUAGGAGUGUUCUGUGGUGUUAUAUCCUGUCAUGCAUAAAACAUAUAUUUGAGUUCAGCGGCUGCUACUUGAAUAUUUACUAUAUAUAAAUAUAGAUAGAAAUAUUUUUUAAAAACGAAUAGCCCAGACGCAAAAUCACUUGUCUUAGGCAUCCAGAUUUUUCCACAAUUGAACUGUGUUUAAUAUACAAUCGUUAGUUUAUUAUUAUACGAGUAUUCGUUUUUGCUGUGUAAAACAACUGUAGGUCAGUAUUACUCCUGCGGUUCCUCCUCAGCCUUCAGGAAACAUCUCGGUUCCAUAGUGACGGUGUCCAGGCAGGAUGGACACGUCGCUCUUGAGAUUGUUUGUGUUAUUAUUCUGGGGGAAAAAACCAGCCGAGUUUACCCAUACAUUUACAGUUACGUUUCUGGUGCUUUAACGCAGGCUUCCUGUUUAUACGUAUCUCUAAGUUUACAAAAUCAGACCAGCAGCUCUUGAAUGAAAUUGUUAGACGCUUUCGGCGAUUAUGCAGCAAUAUAAAACAGGAUUUGUCGACGAAAAAUGAUCGUUACUUCCGGCGACUAUUUAGAGCAGGGGUGUCCAAUCUUAUCCGGAAAGGGCCGGUGUGGGUGCAGGUUUUCAUUCCAACCAAGCAGAAGUCUGUUGAAAGCCAAGAUCAACUGAUUAUACAGGUGGAAUCAGGUGUGGCUCCUGCUUGGUUGGACUGAAAUCCUGCACCCACACCGGCCCUUUCUGGAUAAGAUUGGACACGCCUGAUUUAGAGUGAAGGUGUAGCCUUUGGAAGGAGUAUAACGCAUAUCACUUGAGAACGGAUACUAUUAUUAUUAUUAUUAUUAUUCCCUCAAAUAGCACAUGUGCAGUAGUUAUUCUUCAUCCACUAGGGGGCAAUAUUUACAUACAAACCUAUUGCACUACAUUAUAGGAUGUCUUAAUCGCACUAGAUAUUCUUCACUGUGCUUUCAUUCCUGACCACAAAAUACGUACAUGUGAAUCUUUAGGCUUCCUCCGAGUCGUCGGGUUUCUUCCCACCUCCCAAAAACAUGGAGUACUGUAUGUGGCUUAACGGCGAUAAAUUUCCUAUAGGUGUGAGUAUAUGUUGCAUGAUGCUGUACGAUGAGCUGGUGUCCCAUCCAGGAUGUAUUCCCGCAUCGCACCCGGCGCUCCAGGCCCAAGAUCCACCACGAAUGUGAAGGUGAUGGAAUGAAUGUCAUUCUUGGGGGGAAAUUCUAUAUAUAUAUAUGUGUGUGUGUGUGUGUGUGUGUGUGUGUGUGUGUGUGUGUAUAAAUUGCACUCAGUAUCCAGAUACUCAAUUUGAUUUACUCCAAAUAUAAGUACAUGCAAAACCACAUUAGCUGUCCUGGGGAUGCAAACUUUUGAGCUGGGUGUAAUGUUUAAGUUGUAUGUUGUAACGGGUUUUCUGGUUUUGUAGAUAAAUUGUAAAAUAGAUUCCAAUUUUUUUUUUUUUUCAAUUUAAGAGGGAUACAAACUUUUGCACUCAACUGUAUACUUCUUUUUUUCAUUGUUGUUUAUAGACCUUUUUUCAGAUUCUGCUGAAACACUGAAAUGAAUGCGGAUGCUUUUCAGGAGCGGGUUGUUGUGACUGGGUUUUUUUUGUGCUGUGUCCUACAUUGUGUUCAUGCUUUUAUUUUUUUUUUCUUAAAAAAAAAAAAAUCUAGGUUAAUAAAUGAUGCCAUUGUAAAAUAUUACCAAAAAACCCUCCUAUACUAUUUUUACAUACAAGACAGUUCUUUAACAAUUAAUACAGAGAAACCUGAAGAAAUAAGUGAAAUUUGGACGUUAGAUUACUAAAUGUAUCCAUAUUAUCCAGCAGGUGGCGCCAAACACGAAACUAAAUACUGUACUGUGUAACAAUAAGCUAAUGUAUGACAUUAAUUAAUACACACCAAUACAUUGCAUACAUCCAUAACAGUUAUAAAAGUAUCUGUUUUCUGAAGUGGAAACUUUAGUACAAACAUAUUUGAUGUUUAAAAUACCAGAACUGCUGUAAUGAAACUUUCCCCAUGCUAAUCCUGCUUCAGUUAGUGUAAUUACAAUAAAACCAAGAGAAGAAAUGAUGGCUUAAAUAGUCCACUAGUCUUAUUCACAUGCCCGGUCAACUGAUACCGAGACAAAGUAAAAUGAUCUACAAAUACCAUGAAUCCAUAAAUAAUUUCAGCUUUAUAUUAUUAUAUAUUGAAACAUUGCACUUAAGUACUUCAGUACUGCAGUGACUUUAGAGGAUGUUCUGCUGCAAAGAUAUCAACCAGAAUGAAUCCAUGAACCCAACCGGUGUGAUGGCAUGGGGAAUGUUUUCGUAGCCCACUGGGGCACUUAAUACCAGCCGAGCAUCAUGUGAAUGCCACAGCUUACAGCUUGAAUGUAAGUAGUAAGUACAGAAGCCAGAAAUUUGUCUGUUGGUGGUGCUAGAGGGAAGGGUCAUGAGGUCACAAAAUUAACAAGAUUCAUCCUCUGAGGAGCAUCUAUAUGCUCACUAAAUUUCACCGAAAUUCAAAAAUCAACAUCGAUUCACUGUUUGUCUUUUAACACUGAAAAGCAAUGAAUUCUCAACAUUGAUUCAAUAUUAUUUAGCACUGAAUAUUCAACCUCAACCAAUGUGCUGAUGAUUCUGAUGGAAUUUCAACAUUGAAUCAAUGUCACCUUGCUAUCUGGGAUAUGUUACAAACCACUAGUUAGCUAAAUAACAUUAGAGCCUAGUCUAGUCUUUUGUGGUUAAAUGUAUGUUUAAGGUUUAAAUAUGGAGUUAAGGCUAAACUAAGAACUAAGAACUUUUAUUACUGUUUCAGCCUCCGAAAAAGAAAGGA